AUGUACCGGCAAGCCAGAGCAAACGAUGACGACGGAGCGAUAGCGGGUCCAUCGUAUCACCACCAUCGUCAGCAGGAAGAUGACCUCGUACAGCCCGAGAAUCAGCUGGGGGUGUAUCCGAUGGAUGCUCGACAGGAGGAGGAGGAGGAGGAGGAGGAGGAGGAGGGGGAGCGUCUAAACGAGGAGCGAUUAGAAGCUAGACGCUUCGGCCUAUGGUUUCAAGAGCUGAUGGAGUGUGAUUCAGAUAUACAAACGGGCGGGGGAAGAACACGCAAUACACAGGGGAACGAGGCUUUCGGGGAUGUGCAACCCCCGGGAGGGCGGAUCAUCAUCACACACGAUACAGCCCGUUAUUUCAAACGUUUUCAACUACGUGGUCGGGAGAUAACAUUGCGUAUCCGCCAGCCUCACGCUGGCGCAAACGUGACAACAUGGCUUGAAGGAGCAUUCCGCGAUCUUCUGACGCAUCUCACGAGUCACUGUGAGGGUGGUGACUACGCGGGGAUCUCGUUCUCCGCGAGCUGCUUAGCGCACGGCCCCGUCUGGCUUUCAUUCCGUCCUGUCCGCGCCUAUACAUUUGUAGAUAUCUGGCAAUUAAUAACAAACAUAGCUCAAAGUGCAGCGUCUCUGGAUAUUAAUGAUUCUUUCCAUAUAAAAGUAUGUAUCGUUAGAGGUUUGGAGGGUAGGGGGCGAAAAGGUUUGACACACGAGGGCGUUGCUAAAAAAUCAAUUUUAACGAUUCGAAAUACCGACAAUCUGUGUCUACCGCGCUCGUCAGUAACAGCACGCGCGUACGCGGAAAGGGGUGAGAUACGCUCGGGGGCUCUGCAUUCUAGAUGGCAGCGUAUACGACAGAUUAACGGGUCGCUUCAAAAAGAGGCGGCGCUUGAGCUCACGAGAAGCGCAAAUGUUGUUAUACAGCCCGCUGGCUGUGGUAUGCGCGAAAUUGCUAUAUACCAGAAUUAUUUGGCUCGCGAGGGGUUAGCUAUCGUGGUUUUCGAGUUUUUGACUUUGGGGCGACGCGAAAGACCGGUGUUUGACGGUACACAGACGGUUAUGGAUACAGUAGGAUCAGUCAGGCACACGUUAUACAUUCUGUAUUAUGAGCGGUCGCAUCAUUUCCAGCCUAUCUUGAAUCUGCGUGGUGCUGUGGGCAGCUUAAACUACUGCGCAAUCUGUAACGCCCGUUCUCGUCGGGAUCAUAGAUGUUUAAAAAAGAAAUGCCCUCGCUGCCUUCAAGCACCGCCCUGCGCUCUGGGAGCAGCUGCCGCGAUCAGAUGCGAGACAUGUAACCGCGAUUUUUUUGGGGAACAAUGUUUAGAAAAUCACAGGGCUAUUACCAUCCGUCGUAAACACAGGGUAAACACUGUUUGCGAGUCUCUUCAGCGGUGCCGUAACUGCUUUCGCGCGAUAAGACCUUUAGAGAAAAAGACGCAUGUGUGCGGGGAGGGUUUCUGUAAAACGUGUAAAUCGCGGCACCCCUAUAAUAGCCUGUGCUAUAUGAGGCCUAUUCGCGUCGAUGAGAGGCCAAAAGAGAACAUAUUCAUAUUCUAUGAUUUUGAAACGCAGCAGUGUACCCCUGUAAAAGGUGAUCCUACAACGCGCGUUCACGAACCGAAUCUUUGCGUAGCUCAACGUGUCUGCACCAAGUGCUGCGAUAAUGCUUCUAUAGACGAGCCGUGCGAGCAUUGCGGGGAUCACGAGUUUAUAUUUAGGACGAACCCUGUGUGUCAACUUGUGGAGUUAGCCAUACAGAGUAUGCCGAACUUCUCUCACAUAUUUUUAAUAGCCCAUAACGCCGGUGGUUUCGACGCCCAGUUUAUCCUGCGCUACCUCAUCGAGGAGAAAAAAACGCAGCUCCCGUCUUUAAUAAUGAACGGCACUAAAAUCAUCACAAUGCGCGUUGGCAAACUCGUGUUUCUCGACAGCUUGAACUACUUUCACAUACCUCUGAGUGCACUGCCUAAAUCGUUCGGUCUAAAAACUGCUCUCGCCAAAGGAUCUUUUCCGCAUCUGUUCAAUAGACCCGAGAAUCAAAAUUAUAUUGGGCCGAUGCCGCCCGCAGCCGAUUACUCUCCCGACACUAUGCGCCCGGAGGAACGCGAGCGUUUUUUUGCAUGGUAUAACGAGUUAAAGAAUGCCUCUUAUGUAUUUAACUUUUCAAACGAGCUCAUAACCUAUUGUAAAAACGACGUUACGAUAUUGAGACAGGCCUGUGUGGUUUUCCGGAAAAUGUUCAAGGACAGCGGACGCGUUUGCCCGUUUAGCGAAAACACAACAAUCGCGUCCGCCUGCUUUCAAAUCUUUCGAAAAAAUUUUUUAAAACCUAACACGAUCGGUAUUAUACCUACGGGUGGUUACAGAUGGGCUCACAAUCAGUCAAAAAAGGCGGUCUCUUGGCUCGUGUGGAUGGAGCAUUCUUUAAAUCGUCGUAUCAUUCACGCAGGACGCUCGCGCGAGUUUAAAUUGCCUCAAAAUUUAUUAGUAGACGGUUACUACGAAACACCUGAUUCAGCCCACGUGUUACAGUUUCACGGUUGCUAUUGGCACGGGUGUUUGAGCUGUUUCACUGUAAACAGAGACCGUGUACAAAGCGACGGUGAUACACUGAACGAGCGUCUCGAGAGAACAAACGCUAUAUCGCAGAGAAUCCGCUCAAGCGGCUACACGUUAACCGAGAUUUGGGAGUGCGCGUAUGACCGGAUGAUAAAAACAGAUUUAGAGAUGAGCGCUUUUGUGAGUGAUCACCCUCUGGUUCGAGCGGAGCCUCUCAAUCCGCGCGAUGCUUUUUUCGGUGGUCGCACGGAAAACAUGGUCACUCUGUACGACGUGAAAGACGGGGAGCAGAUACGAUAUGUUGACGUUUGCUCUUUGUACCCAUACAUCUGCAAGUACGGCAAAUAUCCGGUGGGCCAUCCAACGGUAUACGUCGGCGACGAGUGCAGGGCGCUGACAGGUCCCGAAAAUAAUAUCAGUCUUUCCCGCGUCGAGGGCCUUGUUAAAUGUACAGUGCUUCCACCGCAAAAUCUUUAUCAUCCGGUGCUGCCGGUGCGAAUGCAUCAGCGCCUGUUAUUCGGGUUAUGUCGUAGCUGCUGCGAAACAAUGAACCAGGACGCGUGUCCUCAUGAAGACCCCGCGGAGCGUGUGUUUAGCGGUACUUGGGUAGUGGAUGAAUUGCGAAAAGCUAUUGCGUGCGGGUAUAAAAUAUUAACCAAGGGGGGCCUUUUCACCGGGUACAUAAACACUUUUCUUAAAAUCAAACAAGAGGCUAGCGGUUGGCCCGUGGGUUAUGCAGAUGACGAGGCUGCCCAAGAGCGUUAUAUAACUGCUUUUAAGACAGCCGAAGGGGUUCAGCUGGAGCGGGGUGUGGUAGCGAAAAACCCGGGGCUGCGCUCGGUAGCCAAACUUUGUCUUAACUCCUUUUGGGGUAAAUUUGGACAACGCGAAAAUUUACCGCAAACAGAAAUAGUGUCGACACGCGAAAAACUUAUGGAGCUGCUAAAUGGCCCCGAGCACGAGAUCACUGGUGUGCUACCUGUUAACAACCAGGUGCUGUAUGUUAAUUAUACGAAAACCAAUGAUGCUGUAAUACCGUCUAAUAUAGCAAAUACUGUCAUAGCUGCAUACACCACAGCCCAAGCCCGUUUAAAACUUUACACCUAUCUCGAACCGCUGGGUAAGCGUGCUCUGUACUGCGACACCGAUUCCGUUAUUUAUGUCACGAGAAAAGAGCCUGGAGAGUAUGAACCGCCAACGGGUCAAUUGCUAGGGGAUUUAACCGACGAGCUAAGCUCUUACGGCGAGGGCAGUAACAUUAAGUCUUUCAUCUCAGGCGGCCCUAAAUUUUAUUCUUUCAUAGUUAAUACGCCGAGCGGCGCGGAAAGCGAGGUUUGCAAGGUUAAAGGCAUAACCCUGAAUUACGCAAACAGCUCGCUGAUAAAUUACGAAUCAAUACGGUCAUUUAUAAUAGGUGAGAGAGAAAAUCCUGUUGUACUACAGUUUGAUUCAAUACGUCGUACACCGUUCCACCAGGUUGUCACACGACCCGAAAAGAAAUCGUGCAUGCCUCUGAGCGUCAAGCGAAGACGUGAUGGCGAAUACGGCUCGCUCCCUUACGGCUACAAAUAA